GACCUUCGGCAGGAGCAGUGGAGGAGCUGAACGCAGGAGCUAGAGUCCUCCAGGCCCCUUGUACCCCCUCAACCACGUCAACUCCUUCAACUACCCACCCUCUGCUGCCCUCUAUUCUACGUCCUUCCUCAGAUGGUCGAGAAGAGUGGCUCAUUGAAGGUCUCAAGAUGGCGCAGAGCGUGAAGGAGGUACCAAGGCUCCACAACUUCAGGCGAGGCGGAUCACGGGUGUACUACGCCUCGGAAGAUGGUUGCUGGCCGGCUAACAACCUUCCGAGGGGCUUCUGGACGCGCCAUAAGAGCAUCCCGGAGCCUGUUAUUCCGGAGGCGGGCGAGGAAGCCUCCAGUUCUGGAGAGGAGGUAUCCCCUGGAGGCUCCCUACGAGGCUCCCCUUCCCACCGGUCUCAGGACUCCGGGUACUCCGACUCCGGGGAGUCUUCCAACGCCCAAAACGAUACUGAUUCUCUGCCGACGACGCCGCCAAAUGUCAAACACAUCACCCGCGUCUAUUUCGGCGAACCCCCACGCCUCUACAAUGACAAGAUCGUGUGUAUUCCAAGUGUAAACAGCAAUACAGCGAGUGCGUCUUCGUCUGAAGUAGUCGACACCCCAUCACCAGACGCCUGCAGGAGCCAGCAGCACGGCCAAGCGACGACAUUAGAGGAAGAGGCAGAGGAACUGGAGCACAAAAGUGUGUUAGAUGCCUCGUCUAGACGUACAGGCGCCGUCAGGAAACGAGUCAACAGCAGCGCCACAGCCACGGCGGUACAGCGACGGCCGCAGAAGCGCAGCAGUAGCACAGAGAAACUGAAUGCCGAAGCGAAGCUCGACCAGCACCGUCGGCCACCAGCACCUCGAACUCGCCGCCGCUGGUCCAUCGGUGAUGUGCAGCAGCAGCAGCAGCAGGCCACAGCGCCAUCUUACGUCUCCUGCGGCACCAAUACUCCAGUAACCUACGGUGCUGGUGACCGCAGCUCCAGCACCAAGCUGAUGCCCCGGGCCGGUGAUUCCAGGCGCCUGGAAUGGCCGGCUGGCCCACAGGAACCGUUGCGUCAAGCACAAGAGAGAACCUUGGACGCAGUCUUACCACCCCCCAUGACGCACCCUCCCGUGGCGUUGGCUCAACAGAUGAGGAACGCCUCCCUGCAGCAGUGGGUGAAGGAACUGAGUGUGUUGUGCGAGUCUGAGUGCAUGAACACCCUCCAGUCCAAGUCCAUACCUGGGGACGGUCACCGGGGUUCCAAACCUACCACUAAGACCACCUCCACCACCACAACCACUGCCGCCACCUCCACCACUGCUACUACCACUUCCACCACCACUUCCAUCUCCACUCGCCAUGCUGUUCGAGCUAUCAAGAGACGUGCCCACAUUGUGUCAACAGAGUUCUCCAGGUUAUGCCAGAGGCUGGAGUGGCUGGACUUGGGACAGGUGCCGGUGUUGGCGGGCUCCGUCGUCACGCACAUCAACAACUUCCUCAAGGACUACACCACCCAGUGGACCUCCGCCGACCCCGACCUCCAGCCCCAGUCGUCGCUGGGGCGCCAGAGGAAGGUGGUCCAGCAGAUCUGUGAGCGGCUGACGGAGGUGUGUAGCGGCGGACGCGGCGACCCCGACGCCGCCCGCCAGGUGGUGCAGGUGGUGACGGCGCUGGGACACGCCUUCACCAAGCUGGUCGACCUCAUGCUCAGCCGCGAGAUUACGGUGGUGGUACGCUCCCUGGAGGAGGCGGGAAGCAGCAGCAGCAGCAGCGCCGCGGUGCUGACGGUGGUGGCGCAGCUGACGGCGCUGGGGGUGGACGGAGGCCACAGCUGCCGUCUCAUAGCCCGUCUGGGCGGCGUCCGCUGCCUGCUGGGGAUCUGUCUGGAGCCUCGGCUGCGUCAGUGUCGCGUCGACGCCCUCCGCGCCCUGGCCACCGUCUGCUGCGUCCUGGAAGGCGUCACCGAACUCGAGAAGGCUGGCGGCGUGGAGGUGGUGGCGGAGGUGCUGUGUGACGAGGAAGGUCCAGAGGAGGAGCGCAGCGAGGCGGCCGGGGUGCUGGCGCAGAUCACCUCGCCCUGGGUGGAGAACGCCCACCGCCUCGCCGCCCUCCACACCCACAUGGGCGCCAUCGUCGCCGCCCUGACAGAUCUGGCGGAGUUUACCCGGACGCCGGAGACCUUCCUGCUGGCGUCGGCGGCGCUGGCCAACCUGACCUUCCUCGGGGAGGAGUGUGUGGAGGUGAUGAGGUCGGCCGGCACCGUCCGGGUCCUGCUGAAGGCCGCUGAGGACAACCCCAGCAUCUCCAUCUUCACCAAGGACCAGAUCGCGACGGUGUUGGCCAACCUGGCGGGAUGGCGGGAAGCAGCAGAGGAGGUGGUGGUGGGCGGGGGCGUGGCCCUCCUGCUGGCCCUCCUCCACACCCGCCCCGCCCCCACCCACCGCCUCCCGGAGGUGGCCACGGCAGAGAGGAUACAACAGAAGUCCGCUAUCGCUCUCUCCAGGUUGUGUCGGGAGGCGAGUGUGGCGCAGCAGGUGGUGGAGCUGGGCGGGGCGGCGCGGCUGGUGAGACUGUGUAAGGACGAAGAGGAACGGAACCACAGCGACGCCGUCCUCGUUGCCUGCCUGGCGGCCCUGCGGAAGAUUGCGUCGUCGCUGGGGUCUGAGGAGCUGCGAGGAAUGGACGCCGCCGAGCUGGUCGAGCCCCGCCUUCUAGACUCCUUCCUCAUCUACUCCUCCCGACAGGAGAGUUUCGUCUAGCGGCGUCGGGAGUUCUAUCUAGCGACGUCGGAAGUUUCGUCAAGCGGCGUCGGGAGUUCCGUCUGGUGCCUCCUGACCGUGGUCGGGGGUUCGGGGGGGAGGGGUCGGCUACCUGAGAUGAUCGAGUCUAAAAUGGAGGGGUUUAAAUCUCUUUGUCCAUAAAAACGGAUUGUUGUAUGAAGUCACUUCCAUAAAUUCCUCAAGCAUCACAACCCUCUUUUUUUUUUACAGAUCUUCGUGAAGUCUUCGAAUACUUGUUUAAGUCCACCGUAAAAGCACUUCAAGUCUUCCUUUUUUAUAUAAUUUUUUUAGAUAUAAACUGAUAAAAAAAUAUACAAAAAAGAUGAAUAUCACAGCAGUAUUUCUGUACAAUUCUAAUUUUCUUCAUAUAAUAACUCGGUUUUCUUUGAAAAUAAAGGAACAUCAUAUAUACGUAGUUAUCGUAUAUUUGAUUUGUUUUUUGAGGGCAGACAAAGUUAAUUUAUCUUAAAUAUUGUGUAAAAAAUCAUGCUGGGACUCGAACUGUAACUAAGGGUUCCUGCGGACACCUUGUCUUAUCCUGGGAGAUAAACACACAGGUCAGUCCUCACGGGUCUUGCUGGUUCGUAAAUUACAUUAUUAAAAUUUGGGUGCCAGUUAUAUAUGAUAUAGGUGCUAUAGGCACAAUGAGAGAGAGAGAGAGAGAGCACUGCAUGAACAUUAGAGGACUUCAAUCUACUCUUAGUAUAUAUAUAUAUAUAUAUAUAUAUAUAUAUAUAUAUAUAUAUAUAUAUAUAUAUAUAUAUAUAUAUAUAUAUAUAUAUAUAUAUAUAUAUAUAUAAUUAUAACUUGGUAACCUCUUUAAACUAAAUUCUUAUUUUAGAUUUAUAUAGUAACAAUAAUUUAUAAAAUAUGCUAAUGUUAAUGACUACAUUUUGUAUCCAAGAUCUUGCACUAGAAGUGCUUAACAAAGUCUAUGUUAACUAAUGUAUAAAAUCAUACCUAAAAUACAUAUGCUAAACUGUACUUUAUUAAUAAAGUGCUUCUCUAGGUGCAUCCCAGAAGCCUAGUCAAAACAUUAUACCAAAAAAAAUGCCUAUAAUAAGGAUUUUUGUACAGUAUUAUAUUUUUCGAAUAAAAAUCUUUCGUUUA